CUUAACCUUUGACUUGGAGAAACACUCGUGUUUGGCAGCCAUACAUAUCCACCACCCCUGCAGAAGUUUUUACAAUUAGGUCCAACACUGACUCUCGUUGCAACGUAGACUUCAAAGCCACUUAGGGUCUGAAACGUGGGACAAAUCGCAGGGAGGACGAGCGAGAAUGGCAAAGCCCAAAAGUGAAAGCUUGCCAAACCGGCACGCAUACACGCGGGUAUCCUACCUGCACCAGGCCGCCUCAUACCUGGCGACUGUGCAGAUUCCGCACGCCGACUCACCUCCAAAUUCAUCAUCACGGUCUCACGGAGAUGCUCAGCUCGUCAGGCUCGGAAAGUUGCGAUCGACGAAUGAGAAGGUUGCUCGUCGAUUCGUCUCCGAUAUCAGAGCCGUCUCUCUCAAGGCUCAAAUCCGCCCGAGCCCGUCGGUCAAGCAGAUGAUGUGCAAGUUCUGUGACUCACUGCUCAUCGAGGGAAAGUCGUGCAUCACGACGGUUGAAAAUCUGAGCAAGGGCGGGAAGAAGCCUUGGGCCGAUGUUAUGGUCACAAAGUGCAAAACCUGCGACAACGUCAAGCGAUUUCCUGUCAAUGCGCCCAGGCAGAAACGACGACCAUUUAGAGAACCCAAGACCGUUGAAGGGCAGGACGUAAUGGUUGAGGACACGACGGCUGAAGCUUCUGAUCAGUCAACUGGAGUUAAAUGAGAAUGGAUUGCCGUCUCUUCACCGGAAUGAAGUACCACCAAGUAAUAUUUGAGUGGUAAGCCACUGUCAAGAGCCUCCGAGGCAAACCAAACCUUGGGCUUUCUAUAUUGGAUGCACAGCCCGUCGAGGCUAUGCCUCUCGUUCAGAGGUCACAACACUGGCAUACUGUCAUGCAAGACUCAUCCAUCCGCAAAGCGCGCGGCUCACAGCUCGGCUCAACCAUCCAGUUGGAGACACUCCGAGAAGAAGUGGGAGCUGGAUACCUCGCCUCGAGUUAACACU